GCCCCUGCCAUGCCUCUGGCCUUGGCCCUUCUGCUGCUCUUGGGGUUGAGCACCCGCCGAGGCUUGGGCUGCCUGCAGUGUGACAACUCGGUGCGGGAGGCCCUAAGGCAGCUGCGCUCCGCCCUCAUCCCCAGCCGCUUCCAUCUACAGCAGCUGCAGGCCCGCGCUCAGGCCCUGCUGCUCGGCAUGGAGGGGCCUUUCUUCCGGGACUACUCGCUGAACGCCUUUGUCGGGAAAGUGGGUUUAGAGCAUCUGGAUCUUGUGGCGUCCUUUCUCAAGAAUCAAACAAACAGCUUAAAGGUUAAUUCUCUGAAAGAUGGGCCUCUGCUAGAUGAACUGGUGGCUGUCAGGGAGAGGGUGGUCAAGGAACUCAAGAAAGUUUUAAGAUCGUAUGAAUUAAAAGCCUGUGAUCCCAAAAUUUGCCGCUUGCUGAAAGAAGAGGUCUUGGAUUGUUUACACUGCCAGAAGACCAGUCCCAAAUGUAUCAAAGAAAAGUACUGUUUUGAUCUGUGGACUCAAGCCUGGUCCUUUCUUCUGCAGGUGCAUGCCUGGGACCCAACAAUGUCCAUCAGGAGCCUGAUGGGCAAAGGCCAGGAAUCAGUGACCUUCAGAGACGUGGCCGUGGACUUCACCCUGGAGGAGUGGGGCCGGCUGGGACCUGGCCAGAGGGAGCUGUAUCGGGAUGUGAUGCUGGAGAACUACCAGAACCUUCUCUCACUGGGGGCAGGGUUUCCUGGGUCCAAACCCGAUGUGAUCUCCCGUCUGGAGCGAGGGGAAGAGCCCAGGAUGGAGGCCAGAGAAGACUGGCAAGUUACCUGUUCAGACGUGGAGACAAGCUCAGCAACUACUCAGGAGAAAUUUCUAAAAAAGAGUUUUUCUGAAGAGGCAGCUUCCCCAGUGGGAAAGAUGGAGGGAAUUUUAAGGGCAGUGCUUGGAGACUCCAAGAUGGGGGACUCCUGGACCUGUGGCCAUCAACUGGAGGGCCAGGGAAAGCAAGAGAAGCAUUUGCAGUGGCUGUUUGCUGCUCCCAAGGAAAACACCCAUGGGGAGAGAGGCUUUGGCUGUAAUGAGAUGGGGAGAAGCUUCAGGCAGACCUCAGCCUUCAUCAGGAAGCAAAGAGUGCCUGGGGGAGAGAGGCCUCAGAAGUGGACCGGGCCAAGAAAUAGCCUGAGGUACCAAAGGACCUUCAUAGAAAAGAAAACAUUUAACUGCACGGAAUGUGGGAAAGCCUUCAUCUACCAUUCAGACUACGUCCUACACCGGAGAAUUCACACUGGAGAGAAGCCCUACAAGUGUAACGAUUGCGGGAAAGCAUUCAGCAACAGCUCAUAUUUCAUCCAGCACCACAUCAUUCACACGGGAGAGAAGCCUUACGCCUGCCACGUGUGCGGCAAGGCCUUUACUCAGAGCUCAUCACUCACCGAGCAUCAGAGGAUCCACACCGGAGAGAAACCCUACGAGUGCAAGGAAUGCGGGAAGGGUUUCACCCAGAGCUCCUCCCUCGUCAAACACCAGCGAUGUCACACCGGGGAGAAGCCCUAUCAGUGCAGCCAAUGUGGGAAAUUCUACUCGCAGGUGUCCCACCUCACCCGCCACCAGAAAAUCCACCUGGGGGAGAAGCCCUACAAAUGCAGCCAGUGUGGCAAGGCUUUCUGUCACACUUCCUCCCUGACUCAGCACCAGACCAUCCACACCGGCGAGAAACCCUACAAGUGUAACGAGUGUGGGAAAACCUUCAGCCACAGCUCGUCCCUGACCCAGCACCAGCGAGUCCACACCGGAGAAAAGCCCUACGAGUGCCCCGAGUGUGGCAAGGCCUUCAGCCACAGUUCAUCCCUGACUCAGCAUCAGAGGAUCCACACUGGCGAGAAGCCCUAUGCAUGUCACGACUGUGGGAAGGCUUACACACAGAUUUCCCACCUCAUGAGGCACCAGAGCAUUCACCUGGGGGAGAAACCUUAUAUAUGUAAUGAGUGUGGAAAGGCUUUCAGUCACACCUCCUCCUUCACUCAACACCAGACGAUUCACACUGGGGAGAAGCCCUACAAAUGUAACGAAUGUGGGAAGACCUUCAGCCAGAACUCUUCGCUUAAGCGCCACCAGAGGAUUCACACUGGGGAGAAGCCCUAUGAGUGUAAAGUUUGUGGGAAGUCCUACACCCAGAUUUCCCACCUCAUUCAACACCAGAGGACUCACACUGGAGAGAAACCCUAUGAGUGCAGCGAGUGUGGGAAAGCCUUCAGCCGGAGCACCCACCUGAUCGAGCAUCAGAAGAUCCACACUGGCGAGAAACCCUAUAAGUGUCAGGAGUGUGGGAAAACAUUCAGUCACAACUCCUCCCUCACGCAGCAUCAGAGGAUUCACACUGGCGAGAAGCCCUACGCCUGUAAGGAAUGCGGGAAGGCCUUCAACCAGGGCAUCCACCUGAUUCAGCAUCAGAGGAUUCACACCGGGGAGAAGCCCUACAGAUGUCAGAACUGUGGGAAGUCCUAUACCCAGAUUUCGCACCUCAUUCAACACCAGAAAGUUCACAGGGGUGGCAAGGGCUGUGCACAUAAAGAAUGUGGAGAGGACUUCAGCUGGGGUUCACAGUUGACCAGACAUCGGAGAUGUCAUCCUGUGCACGAUGGCUACGUCUGCAGCAAUUUCGAGAAGGGCUUUGCUUGGAACACGCAGCUCGCUGGCCAUCAGAGAACUCAUGCUGACUAGCGAGCCUGAGAAUGAAACAAACCAGCAGUUCUGUAGUUGGGUUCCGUUUAGUCAUCAGCACUAGUAACUUCCUCCCAGAAGGGAGCCCUAACACCAUACGCUGACAGUGCUGGUUUCUUUCUUUCCUAGAAGAAAGAUGGCACCAUUUAUCACCAGCUUGGACAGCUUUUGAUCAUUUUAAGAGCUUCCCCCUAAAAUAACAGUUUUUUAGCCUCUUUCUCAACCCUAAAAACAUAAAUGCCAGAUGAUUUUAGUUUCCUUUAAAACUUUAAGCUACAAAUUUCACGGGAAAAUCUGCAGUUGGCUUAAACACAGAAUAUGUUUCAGGUAUUUCCAGCCAUUUUUUAAAAUGUCCUCUUGUUUCUGUUUUUCCAUUUCCAGGAUUUAUGCUUUACAAAGCAAUUGCCCUAUUAAGCAUCAUUUUCUAAUUUUAUUCUUGCCCAAAGGGAGGUUUUCUUCCCUCAUAUUUUGAAACAUGGUAUUUAUUUUUUAUUAUAAAAACAAUACACAUACUUUUAUAACAGGAAAAUUUUUAAGUAAAAUAAUAUAAGCUCAUUGUGAAGGAUAAUUUGGAAAGUCUAGAGAAGUAGGAACUAAAAUACCAAUUCCACAUAAUCCUACAGCCCAGAGAGAUCUGCUAGUCACUUUGGGGUGUAUUUUUUCUGUUUUGUUUUUUACUCUGUAUUCCAUAUCCAUAUUUUUAAAUGUUGAAAAAUGUAGAUCAUAAAACAAGAGCCACAUAUUCACCUACAAUUUGGCCACCCUCAGAGGUCAUAUUGUUUUGAUUUUUUUCAUAUUUCCUCCCAAAUAUCAUUUAAAAAUAAAUGUUAUUUGAUGUAAUUGUAAUCAGAGUGUAGAAACAAUUUUGGCUUCUCUGUUUUGCCCUCAUUAUAUCACAAACGUUGUCUUUUGUCACCAUAUAAACUUCAUGCAUAUCAUUAUUAGGACUAAUAAUAUUUCAUUGGUAAGUAUGGAAUAAUUUACUAUCCAUUCCCCAAUUUAGGCUUUGUGCCAAGUCCCCAGUUGACACAGGUUAUUUACCAGUUUUCCCAAUUAUGGAUCAUGUUACAAUGAGCGUUUCUUUGCUUAUUCCUGCUUUCCUUUUGGGAGGAUUAUUUCUCUAAGUCAAAUUCCCAAGAUGGGAAUAAUAGACUCAAGACUCAACAUUUUCUUGGUUCCUGAAACAGGUUGUCAAAAUGCUUUCCAAAGAAGAUGGAUCUCAACUACCUAGCACAAGCUGGGACGUGAGGACAACUGUUCUGUUACAUUUUUACCAGCACAGAACAGCAAUCGUAUCAUUUUCCCCCAUGUCAAGCAUAUGAAAGGGCUAGUGCUUUCAGUAAUUUACUGUGUGCCAAUUUCGUUCUAAGUCUUUGGUAUGUACGAACUUCUUUCAUUCUUCAAACAACCACAUAGGUUCAGGGCUGUAUUGUCCCAUUUCACAGAUGAGGAUACUGAGGCCCACAGAUGACGUGGCCAGAGUCUCACAGCUAUGAGGUCAUGGAGUCUGGAUGCAAGCCUCCAGAAGCCAUGCCCUGAACUUCAGCUGGGACUGAACACAUUCCAUAUAUAACAUUUCCUUCUUAAAAGAAUAUUUAUUAUCUUAUAAUAAAAACCAAUAUAUUCUUCUUAUAGAAAAUUUGGAAGAUUUCACCAAAUGCUACUCAGAGAUAACUGUUAACGUUUUGCUACACUUUGGCUAUUUUUAUUUUUUAUUGAAUUUUUAUUUUUUUAAUGGAGGUACUGAGGAUUGAACCCAGGACCUGGUACAUGCUAAGCAUGCUCUCUGUCACUGAGCAAUUACCCUCCCCCCGACUUUAACUAUUUUUUAAACUUAAUUGUAAUAUUAUGAUGAUUUAAUAAAUCUGGGGCAUAUUUAA